AUGCCCUCACAUCACGGCGGUCACGGCGGUGGCGGUCCGGCUGUCGCCGAGGUAGUCAAGGACCGCGCCUCCGUCGUCGUCAACGAGGUCUCCCGCGGGCCCGUCAACAACGAGAUCAUCGUCGCAAACAGAGAACGAGACGUGGCUGUCGUGCCGGCCGGGGCGCAGGUCAUCAACGAGGUCACCACCACGGAGGUCUUCCCCGGUCGUCCGGGGUUCGGGUACGGAUAUGGGCCUGGGCCGGCGGGGUAUCAACUCUGCACGCAGUGUCGGCGCUACUGGCACAACUCCUUCACAGAGACAGUCUGCUACCGCUGCCGCUCGUCCUACGGCUACCGAGACCGCUUCGACGACCGGUUCAGCUACCGAUCCGGGUACAGCGGCUCGAGCUACGGCUAUGGGUCGGAGCGGUGCGUCUAUUGCGAGCGGCUGCGGUUCGAAGGGCCCGGAUACCACCAUGGCGGCGUGAGCAUCUGCCGGGACCGGUACGGCCGGCCUGCUCUGUGCAGACCGAGGCGGGUUUUGGUUGAGAAGAAGACUGUGAAGAAGUAUUACUACUAA